AUGCCCGCCGUCAGGGCGGGCUCCAACCUCCACAGGCGCACUAACAACGCCAAGAAGCAGUCCCGCUCCUCCGUGAUUCGCCGCGCCUCCACCACCAAGACCAAGACGAUCGAGGCCCCGCCCAACCUCGAGCGCCUCCGCAUCCUCACCCCGUGGGAGGAGGCCCAGCCGGUGCUCAAGUCCGAGUUCGGCAUGUCCGACGCCGAGAUCGCCGAGGCCGGCGCCCUCUCCGACGAGGAGAUCUCCGAGGCGUACACCAUGAUGCAGCUCUGCCGCGACUUCGAGAACGAGUGCAACCAGGCGUACAUGGCGGGCAAGAUCCGCGGCUUCAUGCACCUCGACAACGGCCAGGAGUCCAUCCCGGCCUUACUCGGCAACGCCAUCCGCAAGACGGACUUGAAGCACUCGUACUACCGCGAUCACUGCCACGCGCUCGCGUGCGGCGUCGACGCGGGCGCCGUCAUGGCGGAGCUGUUCGGCCGCGACGGCGGCACGUGCCGCGGCACGGGCGGGAGCAUGCACAUCUACGACAUGGAGACCAACUUCCAGGGCGGGUGGGCGCUCGUCGCCGAGCAGCUGCCGUACGCCGUGGGCGCCGCGCGGUCCAUCGCGCUGGACAAGCACCUGGGCACGGGGGAGGCGGAGGAUCGCAUCGCGGUGGUGUUCGUGGGCGAGGGCGGCGCGCAGAACGGGCGGAUGGCCGAGUGCCUCAACGCCGCCGCCAAGGAGAACCUCCCCAUCCUCUUCGUCGUCAUCGACAACGGCCGCGCCAUCAACACCUUCACCAAGGACGUCGCCACCAACCAGGAGGUUUUCAACCAGGGUAAGCACUACGGCAUCCCCGGCGUCCUCGCCGACGGCCAAAACGUCCAGGACACCAUGCGCAUCGGCCGCGCCGCCAUCCAGCACGUUCGCACCAAGGGUCCCGCCAUCCUCCAGGUGCACACGUUCAGGUUCAACGGCCACUCCCCCGCGGAUCCCGAGCACGAGCGCAACCGCAAGGACGAGAAGCGAUGGGCGCGGGCGGCGUGCGACCCGAUCAAGAUCUUCGAGGAAUCCGCGGACGCCGCCCGCGUCGACCUCGCCGCGUGCACCGCCAAGGCCAGGGAGGAGGUACGCAAGGCGCUCGAGUUCGCCAACGCGUCGCCGCCGCCGCCGAAGGACCUCGCGGCGCAGCUCGAGUACCCGGAUCCCACCGGCUCGGUUGACUACUCCAAGCGCGAGCCCGUCAUGGGUCUCGCCGCGGCGGAGGAGAUCACCAAGAGGAUCGUGCCCGAGGCGACGCUCACGGCGCUCAAGGCGCGCAUCGAGGCCCUCCGCGCGAUGGCCGGCAGCGAGGCUGGCAUCUCCAUCGGCGACGCCGUCAACCUCGCCAUCCUCGAGGAGAUGCUCAGGGAUCCCACCACGACGGCGCACGCGGAGGACCUUCAGGCAGGCUCCUCCUACAACGUGCCGGCGAACACCCAGCAGGCGUUCGGCACCCUACGCGCCGCGGACGAGAUCAUCGACGAGGGCCACUUCAUCGGCAAGGCGCUCGGCGAGGCCAUGAACGGCUACCGCCCCAUCGUCGAGCUCAUGAACGCCAACUUUGGCAUCUACGGCAUCGCGGAGCUGUCCUCCGCGGGCAACACCUUCGCCACCACCGGCGGCCAGUUCGAGAUGCCGAUGACCAUCAUCGGCGCCGGCGGCACCGCCCCGAACCAGUCCCUCGGCGCCGAGCACUCCCAGCCGUUCCACGCGUACAUCAUGGGCAUCCCGGGUCUCAAGAUUUGCACCGCGUCCAAGCCCCACGAGGCGUACGGUCUGGCCAAGUCCAUGAUCCGCGAUAACAGCCCCGGCGUCCUCUUACUCCCGGUGAAGCUCAUGAAAACCCGCGGCCCGUGCCAGGUGGACAACUUCCUCCCCCUGCACAAGGCGACCGUGCACAGGCACGCGUCCCAGGCGGCCAUCGACGCCGGCAAAGCCGUCACCGUCCUCACCUACCUCCACGGCACCAAGGAGGCUGAGGACGCCAUUGAUCAGCUCAACGCGGAGGGCUACGACUGCGACCUCGUCGAGCUCACCUGCCUCAAGCCCUUCGACGCCGACACCAUCCGUGCGUCCCUGCAGCGCACGCACAAGCUGUGCAUCCUCGACGAGUCCACGCGCUCCGGCGGCGUGGGCGCCACCAUGUCCGCCUUGGUUGCCGAGACGAUGUUUGACGAGCUCGACGCGCCGGUGUCCAGGCUGUGCAUGGAGGACGCGCCGGUGCCGUACGCGACGGAGAUGGAGCGGGCGAUGGUGAAGCGCGCCGCGGACCUCGUGGAGGGCGUCAAGGCGAUGUGCUGAUGGGAGAGGUAGGUGGAGAGGGAGAAGAGGGUGGAGAGUGGUUUUUUCAGAGAGAGUUUAUUUAGCGGAGACACGGCCACGGCACGUGUGAUUUUUUUUCAUCGAAAAUAACUCGUCAAAUG